UUUUUUUAUAUAAAUACUCCAGGGCUUCCCUAUUUUGCUGAUAAAAUCAAAAUUGAUCCAUCAAAAUAUUUGAUUGAUUUUAAAUAUUUUAAAUAUCAACAUAUUAUAAUAAAUUCAUAAUUAAUCAUAAAGAAAAAUAUAAAUUACAAAAGUUAUUAUUUUUUCUAUAAUUUAUGCUUUUAAUUAUAAAUUUUUUUUUCCUUUCCAAUGCACUUUUAGUAAUUCACCACAAAAACUGGUUCAUGUAAUUUUAUACAACGUAUCCGUUUGUGUUUCAUGAGACAUAUGAAAAAAAAAAAAAUAAAACCCAUAAAAAUUUAUUAUGUUAAAACGAAGGAGAGACCCAAGACACACACAGUAUUGUCUCGCACGAAUGUCAAUAUCACAAAUAUAUUAUCUUUCUAUUUAAAUUGAUAAAAAAAAAUAAAAGUCCAACUGUAUGAGAGAUAAUUUUUUGUGUAAAUAAAAAAAAUAUAUUCUAAUCAGUUUAGUUUUGAGAAAGGUUUUCACUAACAAAUACAUAUAUAUUUUUCAUAAUAUGAAAAAAUAAAUAUUACAAUUUAAUUGUUUAUAAUAAUUUUUUUUUUAAAUAUCAAUUCAAUGUCAGAUCCAAUAAUACAAACAUUUUGUUGUCAACAUAACAAUAAAAGUGACAUUUCAAUUGUUAUAAUGAAAGAAUUUGAUACAAAUAUGUACAACAAUGUUUGUAUGAUAUCAUCAAUAAUUGGAAUAUUCGGUGCAAUUUAUCAGAUUUUACCAAGACAAGUUUUAAUUCAUCAACAUCGUUGGCAAAAUUUUUCAUCAUAUCGUGCACGUAAUAUAAUUAUUUGGCUUGCUGUUGCUGAUUUUUUUGCGUCAUUAGGUGUUUUUGUGAGAUCAUUAUUAUGGAUUAAUUUUAAAAAUAUAAUGCCAACAAUUGAUGAUACAUCAAGCAUUAUAUUUUGUGUUAUAUCAUCGGCAUGGACUGAAUAUUUUUACAUGGUAACUUGGAUUUGGACACUUUGUUAUGCAAUUGAUAUGAAAUUAUUACUCAUUGAAAAACCGAGUAGAUCUUAUCAUUUAUUUGCAUGGACAUUUCCAGGUUUAUUGACAAUUAUUGGUUUGACAAUAUUAUAUUAUCCAGAUGCAAAUUGUCAUGGAUCAGUUAAUUUAAAAACAGCAUUAUUAAAAAUAAUGCCAAAUUAUAUUGCAACAUAUGGACUUAUGACAUUUGUUAUGAUUGUUAAUCCAAUACUUUAUAAUUUAUCAAAUAAUGAUAUUCAUAAAGCUGUUACAUGUAAUGCCGGGCAAAUAACAAGACGUGAAAGAAAAAUAUUUAAAACAAUUAAACUUAAAUUUGCACUUACCAAUAUUGUAUUUUUAAUAUGUUGGUUACCAAAUUUAAUAAAUGGAAUACUUCUUUGGAUUUUGUGGUUUAAUCUUCCAGUCAAAAUUGUCAUUAUUCUCUGGUACAUUAUGGCAAUUACAAAUCCACUUCAAGCAUUUUUUAAUGCAAUUGUUUAUCAAAGUUGGGGUAAAAAUAUUAUAUUUCAAAAAUUAUUAUUAUUUUUUAAUAAAAAUCAUGAUGAUUUAUGUGAAGCUAAUGAAAUUUCACCACUUUUAACAAUGCCAACAAAUUGUGGUACAACAAAUUCAAGUAUCAAUAAUUCAUCAUCAUUUUAAAUUUAUAAUUGAAAUUAAAAUUUAGUCUAUCUAUUUUUAAUUAAUAAUAUU